AUGUCUCAUGUUGGCAUUCUACGAUGGCAUUCUCCUAAAACUGAGAAAGAUGCUAAAAGCUGGGAGAAGGCUUUGAAUCGGGGUGGUAAAUUCAAAAUCUCUAUGUCAACGAAAGUUUGCUCGAACCAUUUUGCUGCUGGGUAUUGUUCCGAUAUAUGCAGAAUACCGAUGUUAUAUAUGAAAGGUUAUCAAUCAAAUCCGACGAAACGUUCACUACCAACUGAAAGAUCUUCACUUUUACCACCACCUAAAGCACGGCAAGUUUUUCGUGAUGGAUCUGAUGACUUGAAUUUAUGCGACGUACCAUCACAAACACCUUUUUUGAACGGCCAUGAUUAUGACAACGCCAUAGAUAAUGAACAAUGUUCUCGUAGUAAAAUUUAUGAAAAUUGUGAUUCGUGCACUUCGAAGCGAAACAAAACUGUUACCAUUAUACGUCAACAAAUAAAAAUUCAAGAAUUGAUAAAUGAAAACAAUGAUUUAAAAUCAGGUUUACAUGUAAAAAAACCUUUUUCAAUAGACGAAAUCAAAAAUGACGAUAAAGCGAUAAGCCUGUAUACCGGACUGCAAAAUUAUGGUGUGUUUGAAUGGUUAUACAACCGUAUAAAACCAAAAGCUGAGAAGCUCAGUUACUUCAAGGGAGAAACCUCUUAUUCAAAAAGUAAUUCGAACAGAAAAAAGACAGGACCAAAAAGGAAACUCAACACGAAAAGUGAACUAUUUAUGACCCUCAUAAGGCUUCGGCUGGGGUUAGUAGAACGAGACCUGAGUUAUCGUUUUGAUGUUUCUCAAAGCACUGUGUCUCAAGUGCUUAGUGGACUAGAAAAACCUAGUUUAGCCAAAGCGCAAGCUCAAACGUAUUCUUCAUACAAAUCUAAAAAUACUUGGAAAAAACUGUUGUCGAUCACACCUUGUGGAACAAUUUCGUUCAUUUCAAAAUGCUAUGGUGGGUGUGCUUCAGAUUGGUAUAUAACAGAAACUUGUGGCAUUCUUGAGAAAAUUAACCCCGGUGACAACUUGAUGGCAGAUAAAGGUUUUAAUAUAAGUGAUCUGUUGGUUGGAAGAGGAUCAAAAUUGAUUAUUCCUCCGUUCUUGAAGGAUAAAAUUCGUUUUACCAGAAAAAACUGCAAUCGAACCUCUAAUAUAGCUAAGGCUAGAAUACACGUGGAAAGGGCAAUAGCUCGAAUCAAAGACUUUCGUAUACUCCAAGGUGCAAUACCAGUUACAAUGAAAGAUUUAUUGGAUGAUAUUUUUGUCAUUUGUGCUGCCAUCACUAACUUAGCUCCACCUCUUGUGCCAUUCUUGCGCUUGUCUUGUUUAUAUUUUAUAAAGUCCCCCAAUCAGGACAAGGCUUUUAUAUUUAAACCAAUCAUGACAGCGCGCAGUUCGAUAACGAGAAAUAAGUUGCGUAAUAUGAUCUCAGCGAGAAUCAACGACUGGAAGGUUAAGAAUAUAGAAAGGCUAACGCAAGGCGUUCACGGUAAAGUUCGGUCCAUAUGA